AUGACCCUGGCCCUCGCGUCGAGCCUCACGCGGCGCGGACGAGCCGACGCCUUUGACAUCGCCGCGUCCUACAUCGAAUGGUUCGACCCGCGCCGCGGGUACGCGGCCGGCGCGCUUUCGGCGCUGACGUCACUGAGCCGCGGCGCCGACCCCCGGCAGACGGGCCGGAUGCACAUCCCCGACGGCAGCUACGGCAACGGCGGCGCCAUGCGCAUCGCGCCGCUCGGCCUGGCUUACCGCAACGCGCCGCGCGCCGCGCUCGCGCGGGCGGUGGAGGCCGCGCUCCUGCCGACGCACGUGCACCCCUGUGGGAUCGACGGCGCGCUGAUGCAGGCGGCGGCCGUCGCCUGGCUGUCGAAGCGGGGCGAGCCGGAGGGCGCCGCCGGAGACGCGGUUGCCGAUGAGGGCUCAGGGCCGGAGGGGCUGCUUAGGCACCUCAUUGAUGUCGUGGAGACGGACACGGCAAAAGGAACGUUGGAAGUGCUGCUCUCACAGGUUCAGAAGAAGGCGCCCUACAUUCAGCAGCCGCCCGUCGCGUCCUGGGCAGACCACCUGAAGUCCGCGGAUUGGCUGGAGGGCGAGCUCGAGGUGUCCUCGGAAAUCGCGCCCGGAUUCCAGAUGGAAGCGACCGGCGCUGCCGCCGCCGCGCUGUGGGCGCUGGUGUGCCACUGGGGCUCGCCCGUGGACGCCGUCGUGGCGGCCGCCCACGCCGGCGGCGACACCGACACGCUCGCGUCGAUGGCGGGGGCGCUCGCGGGCGCGCUGCACGGGGACGGCUGGCUGCCUGCCGAGUGGCUGGGAGCGCUGGAGAACGGGGAGGGCGACGGCCGCGACGCCGCGCUCGCGCUGGCGGCGCGGCUGGCGGAGCUCGACUGCCGGGACCCGCCAGAGCCCUGGGAGGCCGCGGAGUGGACGGGGCCGGGGGCGUGA